AUGGUGUUUUUGGUACCUACGCUGAACGACGACACGCUCAUGCUCAUCUGGGGCUUCGGCCGACGCAUCUGCCCCGGAAGGAACUUUGCGGUGAACUCGGUGUGGAUUGCGAUUGCGAGGCUUUUGGCACAGUUUAUAAUUGAUUUUGAGCCGGAGUUCGUGUGGCAGGAUGUGGAGGUGGAGUGGGCUAAUGCUACGACUUCCGUUCUUAAGGACUUCCCACGUAGAAUUGUUCCACGAAGAGUGGCAAAGGUGGGCUAA